ACACGAAAAUAUUUUAAUUCAAUCGGACAAAGGUUGAGUUCGGUUGGUUACCAUAGAAACAAAAUAUAAACAGUCCAAACUGAGAGGUAUGCAUCUUCCUUUGGGGGUGAAUGAGUAGUUUUGCACAGUCAGAUGAAGCAAUCGAAUGGAGAAAUGGUUCAAUGGGAGUAAGUUAUGGUUAUUGGGAAGCCAAGUGCAAUUGCUGCCGAAAAGGUUACUCUGUUUUAGGACCCGAACUUCGUCGAAAAAUAUGGAAAGAUAUGAAAAGCUAGGAAAACUUGGCGAAGGAAGUUACGGCGUAGUAUACAAAUGCAGAAAUAGGGACACUGGAGAAAUAGUAGCUAUAAAAAAGUUCACGGAAAGUGAAGAAGAUCCGCUGAUUAGAAAAAUAGCUUUGAGAGAAAUUCGACUUCUCAAGAAUCUCAAACAUCCCAACCUCAUCAAUCUGAUAGAGGUUUUCAGGAGGAAGAGACGACUGCAUCUAGUGUUCGAAUUUUGCGAGAGGACUGUUCUCAACGAAUUGGAAAGGUUUCCGAGAGGUUGCCCUGAACUAUUGACCCAACAAAUUGUAUGGCAAACGCUGAAAGCAGUCUCUUACUGUCACCACCACGGCUGCAUUCACAGAGACAUCAAGCCGGAGAAUAUACUUCUCACGGCAACAGGAAUCGUAAAAUUGUGCGAUUUCGGUUUCGCUAGAAUGUUGAGUCCAGGUGAAAAUUAUACUGAUUAUGUAGCAACCAGAUGGUACAGAGCUCCAGAAUUACUAGUAGGUGAUACACAGUAUGGUACUCCUGUAGACGUAUGGGCGAUAGGUUGCGUCUUAGCAGAACUCAUCAGGGGUGAGGCAAUAUGGCCAGGAAAAUCUGACGUGGAUCAACUGUAUCUUAUCAGGUGUACUGUAGGAGACCUCAUGCCACGACACAUGCAGGCUUUCAAGAGCAACGACUUUUUUCAAGGCAUCAUUCUGCCAACACCACAGCAAUUAAUUCCGUUGGAAUCUAAAUUUCCCACAACCAAUGAAGUCACAAUUGAUUUUCUAAAGAAAUGCCUGGAUAAGGAUCCUUCCAAGAGAUGGACCUGUAGCGAAUUAUUAGGACACGAAUACUUCUCGAAUUUUCAUUUCAAAGUCGAAGAAAAUGAAGUACAGAAUACAGAGAAAAUAUCGAGAGGUUCUAGGAACUCCAACAAUGGAAUGCAGUUACCCCAUCUAGGGUUGAAUAAGCCGGUAAGCCCGUUGAAGCAGAACAUUCUACAGAAAACGAAACUUCCUAAUAUAUGACAAAAACUUACUUUUCUCA